AUGAUAGAGCCCAUGAUCUCAAAUGGCGGUCCUAUCGCCGAGGACAAUAUCAUCAAUCGUCGCGGUGGGGAAUCAAUCUAUCAGAGCUGCGUCAAUCUGAAGAAGCGCCUGGCGGAGGUCCCGAAUUUCGAACCCCACAUGCAAGAGAUGGAGGAGUUGGAUGAGCAGCAGGGCAACACCGACCCCGUGGCAUCCCUCUGGAAUUGUCUUCGCAAUGGAUACCCCUUGUUGACCAUCUACAACGCCUCUGACCCGGAAGAGUUCCUCGAGAUCGAUCCCAGCAAGGUCCCCGAAGCAAAGCGGCCCAAGGCCGCCACCUUCAAGUUCCUCCAGGCGUCGCUACAGGAGCUAGCUUUUCCUCAACAGGACUGCUUCCUCAUUACCGAUCUGUAUGGCGACAGCACCACCGGCUUCAUUAAGGUGAUUAAGAUGGUGAACAGAGUGUUGGACAUCCUCGAAAUGCAGGGACAGCUGAAGCGACCAUCCGAUUCCACGACGGCGGUUCCAGAGAAAGGGGCGGUGAAGCUGACCAAGCGGGAGCAUAUUCUUAAGGAACUGUUAGAGACGGAGCGUGAUUAUGUUCACCAUUUGCAGAAUCUACAGGCUCUCAAAAAGGAGUUGGAGGAGACAGGGGCUCUAACGGGAGACGCCAGCCACCAGAUCUUCCUCAACCUGAACAACCUCCUCGAUUUCGCCCAACGAUUUCUCAUUCGCAUGGAACAGCACUACGCCCUGCCGGAGGAACGACAGAAUUGGGGCGAGCUUUUCAUUCAGCAUGAAGAAGCUUUCCGACAGUACGAGCCGUUCAUCUCGAAUCAGAUGCGCUGCGAUGAGGCUUGCCUCAAGGAGUGGGAAAAGAUCCGGGCAGCGCCCCGGCUGCUCGAUCUCCAACAGAUGGUCGCUCAGCCUGCCACGCUGAACGGCUUCUUCGUCAAACCGUUCCAACGGUUAACGAAAUAUCCUUUGAUGCUCAUGGAGCUGCGCAAACAAACCGACAACUUAGAACUUCAAGCCGAUAUCACAAAAGCUAUUGAUGCAAUUCAGUCUGUUCUCGAUUCUGCAAAUGACGCGAUCGACAAGGAACACCUAGCUUCGGCAUUCAUGGAUCUGGACGAAAGGGUAGACGACUGGAAGGCCCUCAAGAUCGACUCUUUUGGCGAUUUGCUUCGUUAUGGGACAUUCACAGUCCUGAAAGGGGACACCGGCAAGGACUCCGAGCGAGAGUAUCACAUCUAUCUUUUCGAGCGGAUUCUUCUCUGCUGCAAGGAUAUCAACCCGAACAAACAGAAAACGAAAUUGAUGGUCAGCAAGGAUAAACCAUCAGCAACUAUCAAAGGCAAGCCACGUCUUCAGCUCAAAGGCCGCAUCUAUAUGGCCAACGUGACGGAUAUCGUUUGCCUUCAAAAACCAGGUUCUUAUCGGAUUCAAAUCUUCUGGAAGGGCGACCCCGGCGUGGUGGACAAUUUCAUUAUACGCUACCAGAAUGAGGAUGUUAUGCGCAAGUGGUAUAAGGAUAUUGACAACCAGCGGGCAAUCCAAGCAGAACAGCGAAGCGCUCGGAAUACAGGUACUUCGGAAACAGAGUUUAUGUAUAUGAAGGGGAUGGCGAGUAUUCCAAACCCUUACCAGCAGGAGUACGAUGCCGAAGAACAAGCAACCAAAGAGGCAGCCUUCUUCUCCGAGUUCCCCAUGAGCCGCAAUGCCUCCAGCACAAGUCUUCGAACACGGUCUGCCACGGGGGGAAGUGGUAGCUCAGGCCCUCCACUGUCGUCUGGUCGAAACCCCCGCUUCCCACCCGAUCCCAGUUUGUCCGUGCAUACUCAAUUUUCGAGUGGCAGCAUGUCGCCUGCAGAGCGAAACAUUAACUCCUACUUUUCUCCUGUCGCCGAGACACCGUCGGCAAGGUCUAGUUCUCAAUCCACCGUGUAUCCAUAUGGGCGUCAAGGCACGCCGUCCAACAAUUGGAACGAGGAGCCGAACCGAUAUACUGCCCCUGCACUCUCGCGUGGCGUAUCUAGGGAUGGACCUAGUUUUUUCAAUAAUGCACCCAACGGACGAGGUACUCGACCCUCGUUGCCACCCUUGGCAGGACCUCAGGGUCAGAGCAGUGCCAACGGCAUGGCACAAAGAAUGCGAUCGGCGAGUAGCCCGGACAUCCACCACCACAACCCCGAAUCGCGUCGAUACAUGGGGGCGCACAUGAUGCAGACAGUGGACAACGUCCCAGUCCCGCCGAUCCCCGCUCACAUGGCCAGCAUGAAGGCGCCGGUAAACCGAAGUCAAAACAAUUCGCCUACCAGCAUCAACCUCCCAAUCCGAAACGCCACCCCGAACCCGCCAGCCCCCACUCACUUCAAUGAGCCCCAAUAUUCUGAAUCGCGGGCCAUGGGACCCGCUUCUGAUCAGCCAACUUCACCCUUGAGCCUGGAUCCGGAAGAGGAGCCUCUCAUGCCGACUCAACUUAAAGCCAAAGUGAACUUUGAUGACAACUAUGUCACUCUGGUCAUUGCCAGCAAUAUCAUGUUCCGAUCGCUUACGGAUCGCGUGGAUGCCAAGCUGGCCCGGAUUACUAACCGGUCCAUCGGCAACAGGUCGGUUCGGUUGCGCUAUCGCGAUGAGGAUGGGGAUUUUGUCACGAUUGACAGUGACGAAGCGGUGCAGCUCGCGUUCAUGGAGUGGCGUGAGCAGCAUCGGGACAUGCUUGCGCGUGGCCAGGUCGGCGAGAUUGAGCUUUAUUGCCAGGUGGUUGAUAAUUAG